CGCAUCGCCACUUUACACACACUCAGUCACACACAAAAGCCGCACGAUUCCACUCCAUUCCAUGGAUCACGACACGUCCCGGGAAGAAGAGGCGGCGGCCGUGUUGUGGCGCGGCACGGUGCGCGCCGUGGCGUCCGGGCCGACGCCCGACGAGGCGUGGGCGCUGCUGGGCGACUUCUGCUCCCUGGACCGGUGGGUGUCCACGGUGCGGACGUGCCGGCGCGUGGUGGAGAUGGAGGUGGACGGCGCGGCGGAGCCGGAGCCGGAGGGCGAGGGCCGCCCCGACGCCCCCGGGUGCGUGCGCUACUGCGAGGGCCCCGUGAACAUGGCCGCGCCGGGGGAGCCCGUGGGGUGGUCCAAGGAGCGGCUCCUGGAGACGGACCACGCGGGGCGGUGGUACAGCUACGAGCUGCUGGACAGCAACAAGGGCUUCGGCAGGUACCGGGCCACCGUGCGGGUGGAGCACGACCCGGCCGGGUGCGCGGUCAGCUGGUCGUUCGAGGCCGACCCGGUGAAGGGCUGGACGCUAGAGGGGUUCGUGGCGUUCCUGGACAAACUCGCGCGUGGCGUCGCCCAGCGGCUCGAGGAGGAGAUCAUGGUGAGACCGUGAAGGUAGAUGUCGCCUUGGCUGCAUUGGUUUGUUGCGAGAGGCUUUUACUCAAAAACUGAAGUAGUGUUGGAAAAACAAAACCGAACAUGUUUCUGUGAAAUUCUAAACUCCUGAUGGAGUUGAAGGUCCUAAUUUUUGUGAAAUUUCGUAUGAACUUUUUGCUUCCUACUCUGUAAACCAGCUCCAACUUCAGGGAGCAAAAAAAAAAAAAGAAAAAAAAAACAGAGACCGUUCCGCAAGAA